AUGACUAACUUCAAGCUUGUGGCCUCCGACCAUCGAGGAACGCUGGAAAAUCCCGGACGAGUAGUAACGGUCAUAGAACGAGAGUUUUGGGAGACAUUGAAUGAUCCGCUUGCACACCUUGAAUCAUCGUCAUCAGCAGCUCGGGUUUGGGGCGCAGCAUACCACAUUCCCGCCUCGCACGCCGAAGAAGUCCAUGAUUACCUCGAUGAACGCGAGAUUAACGGGUACACGGUGCAUUACACCCCAUUCUACCCGUUCUUGGGAUCCAAGGCCCCGGAAUCGGAAUCCAAACCGAUCACCUGCAUGGUGUAUAUCGGACAACCCACCAACCCGCAGUUCCUGCGUGACCCAGCUCGUCGUGAGCCGCAAGAUGUUGCCGAGGUGAUUAGUCGCGGACGGGGCAAGAGUGGGAAAAAUACCGAGUAUCUUUAUCUACUAGAGAAAGCACUUGAGGGUCUCGGGCUUGGCAGUGCUGAUGGCUAUGUCACGGAUUUAGUUCAACGUGUGAAGGCCAUUGAGAAGGAAGAUGAGGCGGCCAGAGAUGAAGAAGCGGCCGAGAGGGACUUACAGAAGUCGCUUAGUCGGUCGGAGGAGGAAGCACAUCGGGCUUUCCAAAACGAGGAAAGAGCGUGA